UCGAGUUACUAGGCAUCUAGAUACAUUCAUACUGUUACAUUCAUUUUCAUCUUUAGUACAAAUGGACCAAAGAACUUCUAAUUCCAAUCCUCGAUUUGUGUGCCUGUACUUCCACUGUCAACCAGGAUCUGAUCAGAGAAUGAUGGCCCAAGUGAAAGAGGAUAUUACCAUCUGGGAAUUGCACAUGAUGGCGAAAUAUAUCAGUACAGAUAUGACUAACGAUAGGCAGUUCAUAAAAACUCCAAGCAUUGAACUCUUUUAUAAGGGAAACAAGCUAGUGGAAUAUCAAAAGACAGUUAAAGAUUUUGGCAUCAAUUCCUCAAAUGCAACCAGAGAAAAUCCUGCUAUAGUGGAUCUGAUUUUCAGACUUAAAGAACCAGUGCAGGCCCAAGAAAGAUCACGCUGAGGCACAGAAUGAAUAAGAUACAGUGCCAAAUCAUUUCAUAUGGAUUCGCCGGGACGAAAAUGCAGUUAUAAUAAUUUUUAUAAAUCGUAUUCAUUCAAUUAUUCAGCUAUAUAAAUAUAUAGCC